GACUACCUCUUUGAACGAAAACACCUGCAAACUCUUCCGCUCUCCGUGCUCUCAGAUUCCCGACUUGGUAUCGAUGCGUCCUAUUACCUCCAACAACUGACGGACAACCCUCCUUCGAGGGAGCCCUUGCUCGCUGCCACUGGCGGUUUGCCUUUGGCGCUCACACAGCGCAUCGAAUCUGACCUGCGCGCCCUUGAAAAACUGCGGAUUAAACCCGUUUUCGUUUUCCCUGGCCUUAUCCCUAACAAGCGGUGGAAGCAGAACCAUCAUUUGGAGCAUGCCGAGGCGUGCAGAGACCGACGUGACGCGUGGGCAAAAUACGAGGCUGGUCAGGAGGAAGCCGCAACAAAAUUGUUUGAGGGACGGAGUAGUUUCGCCCAGUGGGACCUCUGGAGGAUGGUGCUUAGGAUUUUCCGGCAUAGGAACGUGGAUUUCAUCAUUGCUCCCUAUGUAGCUUGGGCUCAG